ACAAACAUAUUGAAUAUGAUUGGUUGUGUUUCUCCAGAUGGGAUGUUCCAGCCGUCCUUCAGUCUCAACAAGUUGUGUAAGUUCUGUGACGUGGAGUCUUCAUCCUGCAACGGAACAGGAAGCUGCCUCUCAAACUGCUCCAUCACCUCCAUCUGUCGUCUGGAGCAGGAAGUCUGCGUCGCCAUCUGGAGGAAGAAUGACAGUAACUACAGCAUCGAGACUCUGUGUCAUGACCCCUCCAAGCCUCUGUACGGCGUCGAGCUGGAUGACUACAACAGCUCUACGUGUACCAUGAAAGAGAAGAAGAGCUCUGGCGGACCGUUGUUCAUCUGCUCCUGUACUGAGGAGGAGUGUAACGAUAACCUGGCCUUCGCUCCCGUGGUCGGCCCGACAAUCGAGCCCCCGGUGGUAUCGAUCGUCCUGAUCAGCCUGUUGCCCUUACUGGUCCUAGUGGUAGUAGUCAUCACUAUGUUCUAUUGGUACCGGGUCCAACGCCAUCGCAAACUCAGCCAGAAACAAUGGGACAGCAAGAAGUCCAAACGCAAAGGUCUGGACUGCAGCAUCAUGAUGGACGACGAUGGAUCAGACAGCAGCUCAACGCACGCCAACAACCUCAACCACAACACUGAACCCCUACCCAUCGAGCUGGACCUGCAGGUGGGUAAGGGGCGCUUCGCUGAGGUGUUCAAGGCCAAGCUGAGGCAGCCCGGCUCCUCGUCUGACCAGUAUGAGACGGUGGCCGUGAAGAUCUUCCCUGAGGAAGAGUACGCAUCGUGGAAGAACGAGAAGGACAUCUUCUCUGACAUCGACCUUCGCCACGACAACGUCCUCCACUUCCUCACAGCAGAGGAGAGAAAGAUGUCGAAGCAGUACUGGCUGAUCACAGCCUUCCACCCCCGAGGAAACCUUCAGGAGUACCUGACCCGUAACCUGGUCUCCUGGGAGGAUCUACGGGGUCUGGGCGGGUCCCUGGCCUGCGGGGUGGCACACCUUCACAGUGACCACACGGCCUGCGGGCGACCCAAAGUGCCCAUCGUACACCGCGACCUGAAGAGCUCUAACAUCCUGGUGAAGCAGGAUCUGACCUGUUGUCUGUGUGACUUUGGACUGGGGCUCAGACUGGAUAACACCAUGACAGUGGAUGAUCUCGCAAACAGCGGACAGGUGGGCACAGCCAGGUACAUGGCUCCUGAAGUGUUGGAGUCCAGGCUGAACCUGGAGAACAUUGAGUCGUUCAAGCAGACAGAUGUUUAUUCUAUGGCUCUGGUGUUGUGGGAGAUCACCUCCCGCUGUCAUGCCAUCGGAGGUACACUCACCCACUCACUCAUUCACUCACUCACUCAUUCACUUACACACACACUCACACACCAACAACAGCACGACUAG